AAAAUAUUACUUCUGGACGAAUCUACCAGUGCUUUGGAUACGCAAAGCGAGUCCAUAGUUCAGGCGGCACUCGAUAGGGCCAGUAUUGGGAGAACCACUUUCAUUGUCGCCCACAGACUGUCGACUAUUAGAUACGCGGAUAAGAUAUUUGUGAUAAACGGCGGUAAAGUGGAUGAAGUGGGCAGUCAUGCGGAACUCAUGGCUACCGAAGGCUUGUAUUAUAAUUUGGUUAAAAGACAACAACAAAAAGAUGACGAGAACGAGACGAUUGAGACCGAAGCGGAUGCGACGGUAGUAACUAACGGAGUCUUUAAGCCAGAGCUCACCCGCGCCUUCAGUAUUGAGAGCCGUCGGAGUGAAGACAUAGAUCUGCGCCGGAAAUCCAGUGUUGCCAUCAAAGAGAAGAAGGAGUCGCCCUCAUUGGUCCGAUUGCUUGGUUUAUUAAAACCGGAUAAAUAUCUUAUUUUAUUGGGAAGUGUUAUGGCAUUCCUUAUGGGUCUUACAAUACCCGCCUUUUCAAUCGUUUUCGGAGAAAUCCUCGGAACACUAUCUCAGGGCUCAACCGAUAAGAUCCAGAAGGAUGUGCUCUUGUAUUCAAUGUGUUUCGUAGCGAUGGGUAUCGGCACAUCAAUCGCUGCAUUUCUACAGAUUUAUAUGUUUGGCAUUUGCGGCGAACGGUUAACAAUGAGACUCAGAAAAAUGGUAUUCACAACGAUGUUGAAGCAGGAGGUGUCGUGGUUUGAUGAACGCGACAACAGUACGGGUGCUCUUUGCUCCAGACUAUCGGCAGAUGCGUCCAGCGUUCAGGGCGCUGCCGGUUCUCGAUUGUCGACCCUUUGUCAGGCGGUGUCCACUUUGGGCGCCGGUGUUGUACUGGCGCUGUACUACAGCUGGAAGUUAGGACUCGUUAUAAUCUGUUUCAUACCUUUGGUGAUUGCAUCCACUUAUUUCCAAAUGAAAAUAAUUAGCGGACAAAUCACUAAAGAUAAAAAGUCACGGGAAGACGCCUCAUCGAUUGCUGUGGAAGCCAUCAGUAGUAUCCGAACGGUUGCAUCUCUUCAUCAGGAAAAUGCUUUUAUUGACAAUUAUAGCAACGCUUUGGAGAAACAGUUUAAAAAGUCCAAAAUCCGGGCACAUCUCAGAGGCAUAACCUUCGGUAUCGCCCAAAGUAUGGGUAACUUCUCCUAUGCUAUCGCUCUUCUCUACGGCAGUAAACUUAUUGUCGAUCAGGAACUUAAUUACGGCGAUCUUUUUAAGAGUGUUGAGGCCGUCAUAUUUGGUACAGCAAUGGUUGGUCAGGCAGUGGCAUUCGCGCCGGACUAUCAAAAGGGUAGAGUAGCGGCCGUUCAUAUAUUCAAACUGUUGGACAGAAUGCCUAAAAUACUGGUCAAUGCCUUAACGGGAGAUAAGCCAACAAAAUGCGAGGGAAACGUAUUGCGAGGCCUUAGCUUUGAUGUGCAAAAGGGACAGACAGUAGCACUGGUGGGCUCGAGUGGUUGCGGGAAGAGUACAAUCAUUCAACUCAUACAACGAUUCUAUGACACCGACGGCGGAGAAGUUAGUUUGGAUAACAAUAAUAUCGUAAAUCUGAAUAUUCCAUGGCUUCGACGAAAGUUGGGAAUUGUAUCCCAAGAGCCGGUGCUCUUUGGCUACAGUAUAGCCGAGAAUAUCGCGUACGGAGACAACGAUCGCAAAGUAGAGUUAAAUGAGAUCAUAAGGGCCUCAGAGAAGGCAAACAUUCACUCAUUUAUAAAGUCACUGCCAAUGGGUUACGACACACCCGUCGGCGAUAAAGGGACUCAACUUAGUGGCGGUCAGAAGCAGAGGAUAGCCAUCGCGCGGGCGCUGAUCCGCGACCCGGAAAUACUACUGCUAGACGAGGCCACCAGUGCUCUCGACGCUGAGAGCGAAAAG